GAUUGACCCGGCGAGACCAACUCCCACCACAGCAGCAAGCGGUGCCUGUUUCGGUGGUUAUGGAGCACUUGGUCACCACCACGGCGUUUCAACCCCCACCGCCGGCGUUACCCACCACCUCUAUCACUUCGAAAUCACCUCCCAGGGAUAACAAAGUAGCAAAGACAUGGAACCCUCCACCAAUAAUAAUACAUGAAGGAGAAGAGCCUUCCAAACUUCUAAUUCAGACCUCACAAAGACCCGAUAUCAAUAAGAGCUUAUUGUCAUUAUAUGGUUUCCCUCUUUAUCAUUCACUCAUUGCCAAUGUAGCCCCGCCACUUGCCGACGGGCUUAAGUUCGAGUUGCACACGCUUCCGGUGGAUGCCAAGGCAGUAGCUGAUGGGGAUACUGUAACAGUCUAUGUUAGUACCUCGGAUACGCGGGAAUCAUCACGUGUUCCUCAACAAGUACAAUUGGCGGUGGUUGAAUGCAAGGAAGCACUGGCCGAGAUGAACUAUGUAAAAGCAGAUGCAUUGUACAAGCAAAUCAAGCAUGCAGGCUAUCGGGUACUGCAUAUCAAUAAUGACGACAUUCUAGCACGAACGUACCGGAUUAGACUAAGGGGAAUAGAUGCACCUGAAAGGUCAAUGCCUUAUGGAAAAGAGGCGAAAGAUGAGCUCGUGAAGAUGAUUGAUGGGAAGUGUUUAACAGUAUUGGUAUUUGGCGAAGAUCGUUAUGGACGUUUUGUUGGGGAUAUAUACUGUAACGGCAUCUUUGUACAGGAAUCAAUGUUGAAGAAAGGAAUUGCAUGGCACUACACUACCUAUGACAAAAGGGCGGAAUUACACGAGUGGGAGAAAGAUGCGAGAGCCAAGAGAAUUGGGUUGUGGGCUUCAUCAAAUCCUGAAAUGCCAUGGGAGUGGAGAAAGAAUCGUCGUGAACAUAAAUAGCCACAAACCACCUCCCGGUGUAGAUCAUUUGCUCACAACAAGGGAUUUAGCUUAUGUUGUCUUAACCGGAUUCGCGCUAGAGAGCCCCCUCAUCCUCAAUACUUAUUAGGAGGAGAAACCCUCAACUAAACCGCCUGAAUGCAUGAGAUUUAAUUGGGAUAAAACUCAUGCCUCCUCCACAGGACUCAAACAUGCUUCACUGGAGGACUUUAUUUGUGAAAUACUUGAAUGUCAUUCCCAUGUCUCGAACUCGAGACCUCCAGCAUGAAAAGUUGGUGCUCAACUAUUGAGCUAUAAGGGGAAGUACCUAUUUUAAAAAAGUUAUAUAUACAUUCACAAGCACUCUAACGUUUGAAAUCUAAUAUCUUUUGAAACUUCGGUUAUCGUAUUUUCUUUAUAUAAUUGAACUUAUGUUUUAUUGAUCAUA